AGUCAAGGAGAUUAUUUUACUCCAUGAUGUAGCGAAGCACUAUUAAAAUUGCAUCAAAAAUAAGUAAGACUGGGUAUAUCAUCAUCAUCAUAAGAAGUUUAGACUCUAUUGCAUCAAACUCUAUACAUUUAGAAGCACCAAGUAGAACAUGCCAGGAGCUGCAAUCAAGUAGAACUCCUGAAUAUCAGUGAAAAAUGGCCGCGGUCCAACUGCUCGAUGGUAAGGCUUGCGCGGGUACAGUCCGGCAGGAGAUCAGGGACGAAGUUUCCGAAAUGGACGCAGAGCAACGCCCAGGAUUGGUCGUUAUUCAAGUGGGAGACCGUCCGGACAGCUCCACUUACGUGAGGAUGAAGACAAAAGCUUGUGUGGUUAUGGAGGUGGUGGCUCAUUUGAAGACGGGUAGUUCAUUUGAAGACGUGUCUGUGUUGCUCAUAGCUUUUUUACAUUUUUACCCUAGGUUUAUCCCUUCAGACAAUGCAUUUUACUGAAUAUCGAAAGAGGUACGACAGUCAUGUUUUUUCACUGUUCUCACAUUUUACUGAAUAUCGAAAGAGGUCGCUUGUUUCACUGUUCCGCAAAAACUAGGUUCCAGAGUAGUUCAUACUACGGCCCCAGAGUAGUUGUCACGAAAUAGAUUAUGCCAAGGGAAAGAAGAAAUAUUAAAAGACAGUUCUUUGGCUAUGCACCUUAUAAUUAGAGACGCUAUACUCCGUGAGUGGGUACAUCAAUCAAUCAAUCAAUCAGAAUCAAUUUAGAUUCUCUAAAUCCAAGUGUGGCAUCCGAGUAGAGGACGUAAAACUACCGGUGGACGUGUCAGAAGCAACGUUGUUGGAGGCAAUAGAUCGCUUCAAUGCUGAUACGGGCUUCCACGGUACUUGCACUAACAAACGUAGAAGUUGUUCUCUAUGUAGUCGUGCUUUUCCUUACAUUAAGGCUCAGCUUUCAAUGGUCAUUGGGGUUGGUCACUGAGAUCCCUCUUGAGAGAACAGGGGAAAAUGAAGGAAAAGCAAAGGGAGAGGCAUGGGGCCCAUUUCUUUCAGAAUCAGUGACCAUUGAAUGCUGAGCUUUAACCCAGUUACAGACAUGCUUAUGCCCCUAAUAGAUACAUUUCCAUCAAAUCAUCGUAUAGUCUAGGUGUUGGUAUGCUAGCCAAUGUUAGACUCCAUGUAAUGUAAUAUACACAAAGAAUUCACAGAUAAAAAUUUUCCAUCAAGAAAUCAUCUUCAUCUCAUUCAUAACAAAGAACAAAGAGGUAUUUUGGUGCAGCUCCCUUUACCAGAGCACAUGGACCAAGAAAAGGUUCUAGACCGCAUCUCCGUUGAGAAGGACGUCGAUGGCUUCUUACCGUACAAUCUGGGAUCUCUAGCUGCGAAGGGCAGAGAGCCCUUGGCAACAAGCUGCACUCCACAAGGCGUGAUGGAAUUGUUGAAGAGGAAUGGGGUGGAGGUAUGAAGAUGGUUCUAGCUGCUCUUAGUCUUUUUGAUGUUCAUCUGUCGUACUUUUUUAUUUGGUCAAAAAUAGAACUUGUUUUAUUUGGUUAAAUCGAAACUUCUAGCCUCCAAGCCUGCGGGACUACGUUCCCCUCUCUCAAGCACUCAGGAAGAACUCCCAUCAAGAGAUCUCAUCAACUCUCAAUUUGAUAGACAACUCCCACAAUACAGAUUACCGGGAAAAAAUGUGUUAUCCUUGGGCGCUCGAAUAUAGUAGGAAUGCCCCUGGCCUUGCUGAUGGUGCACGCAGACGCCACAGUGUGCAUAUGCCAUAGCAAGACCAAAAAUUUGGAAGCAGAAUGUGUGCAAGCAGACAUUUUGUGCGUGGCUAUGGGAAGGGUAUUGUAUGAUUACUCUAGAGUUUCUAGUGGAGAUAGAGGUGAUGAAUGAAUCAAUGCUGUUGAUGCGCAGAUGAACUUCUAUGUUGCUCUGAUAUGGAGUCUCUUCGAAAUAGAUAUACCUAGUAGCACACUAACCAACAAUAACUUAUUCACCACAUCAGUCACUUCCUUCGAUAGGAGAAACAGACCUCCCAUUUAUUCUCUCUCGCUAACCACUCACAUUCAUCUUUCCUUGCCAGGCCGAAAUGGUUCCCGGUUCAUGGAUCAAGGAGGGUGCGAUAGUUGUGGACAUCGGCAUGAACUCUAUCGAGUCCGCGGAGACCAAGAGCGGCCGAAAGCUAGUAGGAGACGUCAAAUUCUCAGAAGCUAAGGACAAGGCUAGCUGGAUAACCCCAGUCCCAGGGGGGGUCGGGCCAAUGACUAUAGCAAUGCUGCUCAAAAACUGCUUGACAUUGUGUAAACGGCAGAGGAAGGCAUCUUGA